AUGCUUUGGGAGGAAAUGAAAAAAGGUACAGAAAGAGGAUUACAAUGUUGCGUACGUAUGAAAAUUGACAUGCAGUCGAAUAACGGAGCAAUGAGAGAUCCAACCAUUUACCGUUGCAAGCCUGAAGAACACGUACGCACGGGAACGAAGUACAAAGUUUAUCCCACUUACGAUUUCGCUUGUCCGAUCGUCGAUAGCGUAGAAGGAGUCACACACGCUCUCCGAACAACCGAGUAUCAUGACAGAGACGAUCAAUACUACUUCAUCUGUGAUGCUCUUGGACUUCGCAAGCCCUAUAUCUGGUCGUAUGCUCGCUUGAAUAUGACGAAUACUGUAAUGAGCAAGAGAAAGCUAACGUGGUUUGUGAACGAAGGCCUUGUUGAAGGAUGGGAUGACCCGCGUUUCCCCACAGUGCGCGGAGUGAUGCGUCGAGGUAUGACAGUGGAAGGGUUGCGCCAAUUCAUAAUUGCCCAAGGUGGUUCACGUUCGGUAGUGAUGAUGGAGUGGGAUAAAAUAUGGUCUUUCAAUAAGAAAGUGAUUGACCCUGUUGCUCCGAGGUAUACUGCUCUGGACUGUGCCUCACUUGUUCCAGUUUUUAUUUCGACGCCAGUGAAAGUGGAAGAAGUACAAGUUCCGCUUCAUCCUAAGAAUCAAGAUAUCGGCUCGAAAAACAUCUGGCGAAGUGCGAAGCUCCUAGUAGAGCAAGUAGAUGCUCGUGAGAUGAAAACUGGUGAUACAGUCACUUUUGUCAACUGGGGCAACAUUAAAAUCUCUUCCGUUGAAAAGGAUCAGGAAAGAGUGACACAGAUAUACGCAGUCCUAGAUUUAGCGAAUCAAGACUUCAAGAAAACCUUGAAAGUAACUUGGAUUGCUGAAACUGAAGCUCCCACUGCAGCGCUGGUUCCAGUGGUCACAGUUGAUUAUGACCAUAUCAUCACCGGCUCUUCUGAACGUGAAGAAGGGCGACAUCAUCCAGUUACAACGUUGGUAAUGCUAACUUUGAUACUUUAUUGCUUUAUUGCUUUUAUACUUUAUAGCGCAUCCGAGACUCCUAUACUGCUAAUUUACAUCCCUGACGGACAUGUCAAGGAUACAGCCAACAAGGCCAAGCAGGUGAUUGGAAUUUUUGGGAUUACAUAA